UUUCAGAAAGUGAUAUGUCCUUAAAUAAUGAAAUGGGCAAUAAUAAUGGCGGAUAGGCAGCCGCGUUUGUAAACGUGAGCAAGUAAAAUUAAAUGUUCUCUGCAAUUGGUGUGUUAACUUUCGUGGGAAACGGACAAUUAUUGCAAAAAACACAACUAUGGAUGUGAAAAGCAGUGAAAUGGAAGCUAUGGCAAUUGAGGAGCUUCAAGUCACGUGCCAACCAUGUGACCAGGAAGGGACAUCAAAGAAGGCGAAACGCUACUGCGUGGAUUGUGAGAGUCCCUAUUGCGACACCUGCUGGAAAACACACAACCGAUUCCCUGCGAUGAGAACGCACGUGGUUUUGAACGAAACUGAGAAAGAGAACUGGAAGGCGAAGGUUUCUGAUAAAAUCUCUGUCACGUGUUCAGAACAUGUUGGAAAGCCUGUCGACAUGUUCUGUGAGGACCAUGAUCAAGUGGCAUGCAGUGCAUGUAUUGCAAUACAUCAUAGAUCAUGCGUCUCCGUAAAGUAUAUUCCAAAUAUUGCACGUGGAACGAAAACAAGUUCAGAAUACCAAACGCUUAUUGAUUCCCUGAAGUCUUACAUGGAAAAUCUUGCCAAAGCAAGGUCGUCUAGGGAGUCCUACCUUCGUCAACGUACGAAUGACUACGACUGCAUUGAGAAACAAAUCGAUCACUAUAAAGAACUUCUUCUAGCACAAAUAAACAUUUCUAUGGAAAGUUCAAAACAAAGAAUACAUUCACACUUGUCGGAAACAAAGAACAAUAUUGAUCAUCAAAUCCAACAAAUAGAUUCAAUAAUUAAUGAAUUGAAUAAUCAUUUAAAGAAACUUAAUGAAACUGGAAACGAAUCACAGCUCUUUGUUGAAAUAAAGGAAACACAAUUAAGACAUAAACACAUAUGCAACUCUUCCGUAGAUAUUAUAAAACCUCCAAGAGUAUCUGCCUUUACGUUUUGUCUUGAUACUUGCUUAUUAUCACGUUUAUCUGUUGUUAAAGUGGAACUAUCGAAAGUACCCAAGGCAACGUACGUAAAGAAGAUACACGUGAAGACAGAAUUAGAUACCUCUCUUCCUGACGUAUGUGGUAUUGUUUCGCUAACAAAUGGAAACAUGUGUGUUCUUGACAACAGCAACAAAAAGUUAAAGUUACUAGAUAAAUCUUUGAUCAUGAAACAUAGCCUUGCAUUUGAAGAUUAUGUUAUGGGAUUAACCGUUAUUUCCUACAAAACUGUAGCCGUUUCUGUUUGCCAUUUGAAGAUAAUAAGUACUGUUGAAGUUGCUUCAGAACUUAAAGUCAUUAAGUCAUUUUCAACCGAACAGACUUGCCACGGCAUAUGUUACAACAAGGAAAGCGAUGACCUGUAUGUUUGUUGCGGUGACAAUACGAAAAAGAACGGACCCGGGAGAGUCAAAGUGUACGAUAAGACAGGACGAUUGAAAAGACAAAUUGGCUGUGAAAAUAACGAAUCAUCGUUUUCUACCCCAGUGAAUGUCAUCUUUUCAAAUGCAACACAAAUACUAUAUGUUUGCGAUAAAGAGAAAGGUGUGAUCGCUUUCGCUGCUGGACGUCACAUGCUGUGGUCAUUUAAAGAUCCCAACACUGUACCAUGGGGUAUUUGUAUUACUUCAGACGAACUUAUCCUAGCAUGUGGACCAGCGUCUAAUCAUGUUGUCCUACUCAAUCGUAAUGGUAUAAGUCAGGGACAUAUAUUACAGGGAAGAGAUGGUAUCAAAACGCCGAGUUCUCUUUUCUUUGACUGCCAGUCAUCUGUCCUGUCCAUUGGUCUAUAUGGUGACCACAUAUUCCAGUUCAAACUGGAAAUAGUCUGAUAUAAUCAGUAAAAUCAAAAUUUAAGUUCUUGGUGGUUGCACUGGGAAUUUUACAAAUGACGAUAAUUCAUGAUAUUUAAAUGUUUAAUAUCAAAGACUUGGGUUGUUUGUGUUUUAAAACACGUGACGUGGGCGUAUCCAGGUUUAUAAUGAACAAAGUGAAUAGGGUUAUAUUUUCGUAUAAAACUAGAAGAAAUUG